UUACAGCAUGCAUAAAAAUAGACCACUGGUAAAACCAAUGAUAAUUGUAUCAAGCACUGGCUACAUACUUUCUAUUCUUGGCCCUUAUUUGGCAGACCAUAAAAAUAAUGAUGCCGGUAUUUUAAAACAUAAUUUGAAAACCAAUAUGGAAAACAUGAAUGAAUGGAUUCAGCCUGGAGAUGUUCUAAUUGUAGACAGGGGAUUUAGGGAUGCAUCAGAAAUGUUAGAUGACUUCGGCAUUCAAGCUGAGAUGCCAAAGUUUUUACCCAAAGGCCAAAAACAAUUCACAACCGAAGAAGCCAAUGCUUCUCGCUUAGUUACAAAAAUAAGAUGGGUAGUUGAAUCCGUAAAUGGCCGAUUAAAGCAAUGGAAAUACCUUCAAAAUGUAGUGCCAAACAUACAAAUACCCUAUAUCGGUGACAAUGUCAAACUAAUUGGAGCUAUAUGCAACAAAUACAAGCCGCCAUUAUCUACCGGUGAAAAGGACAAUGAUCAAAUCUUGGCUGCAAAAAUGAGGGUACUGUCCAGGAAAAAAAAUGAUUUGCAGGAGAGGGUAGAGAGAGAAGGGUUACAUAGAAGAAUAUGUUCUUGGAAAAAGAUUGAUGCAGAUGAUUCCAUGCCUUGUUUUCCUAUGUUGUCAGAAGAAGAAUUGAGAAACAUAACUGUUGGUGUUUACCAAUUAAAACUAGCUAAAUCUUACACACAGGAACACCUCAAUGAUGAGAGUGAAUUUAUAAUAAUGAUAAAUUCAGAUCUUGAAAGUAUAUUAAGGGUACAAAUUCAGAGCAGACAUACUUCAGCUAGAAAAUACUUGAUAUGGAUUGAAUAUGAUGAGAUUGAGGUUCUAGAGUUGUAG